GGCGUACACAGAGCUGCCCAGUGAUCAGAGUGGCAACCCUUGGCAGCACAACUCCAGCUCAGCGGUCUCCCUGUGCUUCUAAAGAAAGGCACCUCUGAAUGUACUAUUUACUCCAUAGGAAUACAAUGGCUAAUGUUCACCUCUGUCUGCUGUUUGCUGGUCUCUGUGCUUUUACUUAUGCUCAAGAUGUUACAAGUCCCCAAGAGGACCAAGUCUGCCAAUAUGACCCUCAUCCUUCUGCUGAAGGUCAUCAAAGAAGCAAAAAUGAGAUUUGUCAAAAGAUAAUUGCAGGAAAUGUGGAUUUUGCCUUCAAAUUAUACCACCAGGCUGCUUUGGAAGAUCCUGGCAAGAACAUUUUCUUUUCUCCACUGAGCAUUUUCACUGUCCUUGCAAUGGUCUCCAUGGGGGCUGAGUCUGCCACUGCGAAUCAGCUUUUUUCAGGUCUUGGUCUGAACCAUUCAGAGAUCAGUGAGCAAGAAAUACAUGAAUGUUUUCAUCAUCUCUUCCAAAUGCUGAACCGCAAUAACUCUGAAAUUGAGUUGCAUAUUGGGAAUGCUAUUUUCAUAGAUAAGAAAUGGUUGCCACUAGCAGAGUUCUUGAAUGACUCCAAACAUAACUAUCAGGCUGAAGUUCUUCCAAUAGACUUGAAAAAUUUGACAGAAGCCCAGGCCCAGAUCCAAAGCUACCUGAAGAAGAAAAGCAAUGGGAAAUUAGUCGAUGUGAUCCAGGGUCUUGAUCCAGAGGAUGUCAUGGUUCUUGUAAACUAUAUUAUAAUGAAAGUCUCCUGGGAAAAUCCUUUCAGUCUUCUGAAUGCUCAAGAAGAUUUCUUCUUUGUGGAUGAAGACACAACAAUGAAAGUUGAUAUGAUGAAGAAAGAUGGCUAUUUUAAGAGUUACUAUGAUAAGAGACUGUUCUGUGAGGUGGUUGAGAUCCCCUACAAAGGCAACGUUUCAGCACUGUUCAUUCUGCCUGAGCAAGGAAAAUUGAAACUGGUGGAAGAGGCACUGGGAAAAGAAAUUUUAGUAAAAUGGAAGAGCUUAUUGAAACUACGGAGAACAAGUGUGUAUCUCCCAAGGAUUUCAUUGUCUGAAAGUUAUGAUGUCACAGAGAUGUUUAAAAACCUGGGUGUUAUUGACCUUUUCAAAGAGAGAGCAGAACGAUCUGGAAUUACUGGGAAACAUGAGCUGAAGCCAGGAUCAGUGUCUUUGCAAGCAAUGGUGACUAAGAAAAUCUAUUCCUCCACUCCCCUGGCUAUUCACAAAGCUCAUCUGAACAUCCAUGAGGACGGCACGGAAGCUGCAGCUACCACUGCCAAUGAAGUAGUUUACACUUCAUUACCCAUUAUAACUGAAUUUAACAGGCCCUACAAGUUUAUUAUUCAGAAGGGAAAUGAGGCUGUUCACAAAGCUGAUUUGAAUGCCCAUGAGAUUGGCACUGAAACAGCAUCUAGCACUGACACUCAGCUUCUUCCCAGUUCCAAUCUCACUGUGUUUUCAAUUGGGUUUUCAGUUAACCACCCCUUCAUUUUAAUGAUAAUGGAUGAUCCCUCUGGAGUCACUAUAUUAAUGGGAAGAGUUGCAGUCCCAUAGAAAGGGAAUCACGAAGCUGGACAACUUCUUGUAGCACUGACAAUGUUGUGCUGGCUCAAUGUACAUUGUGCAUGAAAAGAUCUUCAGAUCUCAUUUAUUUUCAGAACUGUAAUUGGCACACAUUUCCCAACAUAUUAAACAAAGA